AUGGAGGCAGACUCUCAGGAAAGAGAAGCUCUCCACCAUGAAGCCCAGAACAAAAAGGAGAAGUUUUCUGUGAAGGGUCUCUGGGAUUUGCUAUGGAGUCCCAUAAAUUGGGUCAAAAUGCUCAGUAGGGAGUUGCAUUGGAGCUUUGUGAUCAGUGUGGUCAUGGUGUAUGGAAUCAGUCAGGGUCUGAGUAUGGGAUUGAGUAGAAUUAGCAUACAGUAUUACUUGAAAGAUGAGCAGAAAGUGCAGCCCUCUGAGGCCCAAGUGUACUUGGGGAUCAUUCAAAUUCCAUGGAUGGUUAAACCACUUUGGGGUCUUUUCACUGAUGCUCUUCCUAUUCUUGGGUACCGCAGAAAGCCUUACUUUGUUUUUGCUGGUCUAAUUGGAGUUGUCUCCAUGCUUGUGCUAUCACUGGACAAGAAAUUAGAUCUCACAAUGUCCCUGUUGUCUCUCAUGGUGGGGAGUGCUGGAGUAGCAAUAGCAGAUGUGACAAUUGAUGCUUGUGUUACAGAAAACAGUAUUAGUCACCCAUCCCUUGCUGGUGACAUGCAAAGCUUGUGUGGACUGACCUCUUCAGUUGGGGCACUGGUGGGAUUCUCAGUUAGUGGAUUUUUUGUUCACCUACUAGGGCCUAAGGGUGUGUUUGGGUUGCUCAGCAUCCCUCCGGCACUGGUCAUUUUUGUAGGGAUGAUGCUUAGAGAAUCCCAUUUGCACAACUUUUCUCAUAGACGGGUCAGUGAAAAGUUCGUGGAUUCUGGAAAGGCUAUGUGGACAACCCUAAAAUGCAGCAGUGUAUGGAGACCUUGUUUGUAUAUGUAUUUGUCACUUGCUUUGAGCUUGAGUGUUCGUGAAGGAAUGUUUUACUGGUACACAGAUGCAAAGGGGGGUCCAUCUUUUUCAAAGGAGGUUGUUGGGUCUAUAUUCUCUAUUGGUGCUCUUGGCUCCCUUUUUGGGGUCCUCCUCUACCAGAACUUUUUUAAAAGUUACCCUUUCCGUGAUGUGCUCUUCUGGACUCAGUUACUCUAUGGUUUAUCAGGAUUGCUAGACUUGGUAUUCGUGUUGCGCAUAAAUUUGAAACUUGGUUUACCAGACUAUCUUUUUGUUGUGAUCGAUGAAGCAGUUUCUCAGAUGAUUGGGCGUCUUAAGUGGAUGCCUCUUCUUGUACUUAGUUCAAAACUCUGCCCUGCGGGUAUAGAGGGCACUUUCUUUGCUCUGCUCAUGUCCAUUGAUCAUGUUGGCAUUCUCUCAUCUACUUGGGCUGGAGGCCUCCUACUCCACAUCUUAAAUAUCACACGGACACAGUUUGAAAAUCUUUGGAUGGCCAUUUUAAUAAGGAGCAUAUUGAGAAUUUUGCCAAUUGCACUGCUUUUCUUAAUACCUCGAGCUGAUCCAAGUUCCUCUAUUCUUCCAUCUGAGAUGUUGAGGACCAAAAAAGGUGAUGAUCUUGAGUCUGAAAAUGUUGAAAUGGCCUCCCUUGUCAAUGGUGUCUGACCAGGGCUAAGGCUGUAUACAAUCCGAUUGAAAGGAAGAUCAACAUUUAGUGACUCUUGUCGAUACUGUAUAUGAGUUUCUUCGAAUUGCCAGAACUACCUCCCACAAAGGUGGCUUUUUUCAAGUUCUCCAAAAUUGCAAGUCUGAUUUUUACCAUGGUCAAGAACGUAAGUUUACGAGCAUUUUUGUUCACUGAUAGUUUGUUACUGCCUCACUGUUAUGAGAAUGCACCAUGUAGAAUGAUGCUUUGAAGUCCUUCAUCCUUGAGUUUGCCAUGUGCACCUUUAAUUCAAAACUGUGAUAAGUUCAGACGUCUUGGUAACUCCAAUUAUACCUACUCUCAGUAGCAAUAUAACCCAUUUUGAAGAGGGAGUGAAUAGAUUAAACACAGACCAUGCUUUAUUAU